AUGGUGUGCAAAAAGCUGCUCCAACACCAUCCGAGGGUCCCUCCUCCCUCCCCCGGGGUGUUGUGGGGAGUUGAAGCCGGGGUUGGUGCCUCUCUACGCGGUCACCUGAUCCGUCGGCUGCCGCUGGGGGUGCCCGGCCUCACCCCCUACAGCCUCACCCCCUACAGCCUCCCCCCUAAAGCCUCACCCCCUACAGCCUCACCCCCUACAGCCUCACCCCCUAAAGCCUCACCCCCUAAAGCCUCACCCCCUACAGCCUCACACCCUACAGCCUCACCCCCUACAGCCUCACCCCCUAAAGCCUCACCCCCUACAGCCUCACCCCCUAAAGCCUCACCCCCUACAGCCUCACCCCCUACAGCCUCACCCCCUACAGCCUCACCCCCUAAAGCCUCACCCCCUACAGCCUCCCCCCCUAAAGCCUCACCCCCUAAAGCCUCACCCCCUACAGCCUCACCCCCUACAGCCUCCCCCCUAAAGCCUCAGUGCUUAUAG